CUACAGAGCAGGACGAAGACUUUGUUCUACUUGAAAAUAAGUAUUUUUGUUGUUUUCUAAACUUAUACUCAUAUUUUAAUUUCAUUACUCUGCUUGUUUUACUUCAUUUGGUUGUGAAUAGUGGCCGUGAAGCGCUACGGUUUGGAACGCGGUCCCGAUCUGCUCCGUCCUACCAAAACAGGAAGUUUUCAGGAGUUUGGAGCUAGCCAUCUAGCCUGCGGGGUACGUUCGGACAUUGCUAUCAAUUUGUAAAUAUUUUAAUCUCGUGAAAAAUUUGUCACGAGUAGAGUUGAAUUAUAGCUUUAUCUGCUGCUAUUGGGAGUAAAUAUGUUGAUCGGCUUAUGUUUGUGCUGCGUGGCUUAAACGCUGUGUCAGAAGUUUGACGAUUAGCCGACUAGCUCGCUGUUGAGCUAGCGUUAGCUUGCCUACCCUGCCAGGCUGACUGUACGGUUAGCCACUGGGCUGGGCUUACAUCGCUGACUGCUGCACCUCCUGUCAGCUUUUCGUGGUUUACCUAUCCAGCUCGGGUAGCUCACCAAACAGCACCAUAACAUGAAGUUAUGGAGGAGCGGAAGCUGAAAAGAAAAAGUCCCCGAACAUCCACCAACGCGGCGGCUCCGUCCGGUGGCUCGGGCCGGAAGAAUAGCGCUUCCUCCGGCGGACGGCAUGUCGGCUACAGCCAGAACAUGGGGACUCACUCCAGCCAGAAGAGCAAGAGCAGGAGGGGAGUCAAAGAUAAACCCAAAUAUCAGCUGGGUUUGGGUGGUAAAGCUAGUCAGAGCCAGGGCCAGGCAGCACCUACCAUCCAGCACUCUUUUCUGACAGAUGUUUCAGAUGUACAGGAGAUGGAGAACGGCCUCCUCAGUCUCCUCAAUGACUUCCACUCAGGGAAACUACAGGCUUUUGGCAACGAGUGCUCUAUUGACCAAAUGGAACAUGUGAGAGAGAUGCAGGAGAAGCUGGCACGCUUGCACUUUGACCUCUACGGAGAGGUGGAUGAAAUGCCCGAGGAUCAGAGGAAAACGGCCUGCGACACCAACAUGGACAAGUUGCUUCUUAAUCUGGAGGAGCUGAGUUCUUCUAUUCAGAAACUGAAUCUGGCCGACAGUCAAGAGAUCCCGAGGACUGCGAGCGCCUGAUUUUUGUCUUCUCAACAUUUCUCAACCACAUUUGAGCCAGCUGUUUCAUUUAUAGUAUCUAGGGGGACUGUAAGUAUGGGGGUUGAAACUGCCAUAAUCAAUACGUGUAAAAUAACUAAAUAUAUGCAAUUAUAAAAGAACCAAAAUAUAGUGAAAAAAAUCAGUUGAUCAUCAAAAUUGUAUAUUUGUCUUAAGUUGCUUCUGUACUUAUUUACCUUCAUAUUCAUUUUUACUUAUUUGCUUCCCCUUCAAUGUUCAAAUUCAAUUCAAUUGUUUUCUCCCAUCCCCCCAUUGAAUAUGUUCUGUUUAUCUCCUCAAGAAUAUUCCUUCUGCCUUUUUUUUUUCAUUUCUUUAUGCAUUUUUCUGCCACUGUACGUGCCAUGGGUCAACGUGUCAUGUAUUGGUUGAUCAACAUCAGGAGUGGCUGCCUCCAACUGAAAGCCUGAACCAAAUAUGCAUAAAUGGGGGGAAAAAAAGUAUGUUUGGGAAGAGAUGGAGCAUACAUACUUACUUACUUAAUAAAUACAGAAGCAAUUUAAAACAGAAAUAUCAACUUAUGUAACAUUUAAUAGAUAAUUUAUAAAUUUAAAAAUUAUUUCUAUAUUUUUAAUAUUUUUUAUACAUACAUUUUAAUCAAAUCAUUUAUUUUGAUUUAGGUAGUUUCUCUCCUCCAUAUAAGGUUUCAGCAAUCUUGUAGGCACUGAUUCUCGAAUGUAUUGAUGAUGGAAAUGAUGGCAAAGCUGCUCGCCAGCGUUCCGUGUCUGUACAGGGGGGUGGGGGGGUGGAUGUAUUAUAGGAUAAUCUAAUAGGGAUGCACCACAUAAGCUUUUGAGCUGUGACUGCAUUUGGAGUGACUUGUAUAAGGACUGAGGGAUGUUUGUGUUUCCUGUGAUCUUUAGCUAAUGUGCAGUAUAGUGUAGUUUGCAUAUUGGCUUUGGUGCAUCAGGCUGUAGUGUGUGCACUCAUUUCCAAGCAGUCCAGAUUUGCAAUACAUUGCUAACCAAAGUGAUGCCGAUCACGUGAAAGUGAAAUGUCUGUAAACCUGCUCCUCUGGCACUGAUCAGAGGUCGUAUGUAGAUUACUGGGUUGCACUCGGUCCCCUCACGGUAAGAAGCAUAGCUAGAUUUUCAAAGUAUAGGUACUGUACAGGCUUUAGUUUCAAAUUCUCAGUAUUAGAGCUAUAAACAGCAGCUUAGAUUAAUAAUCCUUUGAACCAGCCAAAAAUAACACAAAUACUUGGUGAGUUGUGAGAACAGAGGAGCAGUAUAUCAACUCCAGUUUGCGAUUUUUGCCUAUGAUUUUGCUUAAGUGGACUGAUACCGAUCCAUCUCAGCAUGUUUGCACAUGCCCAUGCGACACACAACAUGCACUGCACACAUUAUCACUGGUGUGUUGUUGGUUAGAAGCUGGAGAAGACUAAAUAGUCCAAAUGUCCAAUCACAACCAAGCCUUAAUUUUAUAAUUUAAUCAUUUUUGCCUUAUUGGUUCUAAACUUUAAGUGACUUCAUGUUGAGUUUAGGAUUCAAAGUUUUGAUGUAAUCAUUUGAUGCUGCUUUGAUUGUAAAUCUUUUUUUUUUUUUUUUUCUUUGGCCACUGUAUUUUAACUUGUGUUUGGGGGGGUUAACGUCUCUUUUUUUUUUUUUUGGACUCAAUAAAGUUGUUUGAAUUCAUGACUGCAGUUGUAAGCUGUUAAAAAGAAAGGAGGUGCAGUAGAUUCAGCUUAAAGGGAAGAGAAGAAGGGAGUAUUAAUGCACAUGUAUGGAUGGCUAGAACUGCUCAAACCUACUGGUUUAUAUCAUAAAAAAAUAAUUUUGCAUCUGAUCAGCAUGAAAACAGCUUAACCAUGUUUGCUGAAAGUAUUUCAGCGAG